AUGGUAUCGUCAAAUUUCAUAGCAAAGAUUCUAAGUGCAGAGAGAAAUGUCUCAAUAGUUGUCGACGACAACGAUUUCUCGGCCCCUUACUGGUCUCACCACGAAUACCACGUCGAGUGGCUACCAACGAGCCUUACAACAUCUCCUACACCUACGGUAGUGGCUAAAUCGAAGCCUUCGAAGGGCGUGCCCACUGGUACCGUGUCACAAAGAUCGAGACCUGCUGCUGGGAACUCCUCGCCGAGUCUUGGAGACCAUGUAGGAAGAUUUGGCGGCGCGAAGAACAACAUUGGUAAAGGAGUAUCUACUUCAUUCGUCGCAUUGGACGAUAUGCCCUUCGAAGACCAUAGCCAAACUCGAAAGUCUAUGCAGGAUCUCUACGAAUGGAUACAUCAGCAUGCUGAGAAUCGCUCCAACGCAUGGAACUUUGAAGGACGCCGUGAAGAUUUGAAGCACGAGUUGGCAAAGGGUGAAUGGAACGAUUGGACAGAGCAGGGGCCUCAGAAGUUGGCAUCACUCCUUGUCAACCCCGUCACACGGCGUGUAGCCAUUAGACACAUAGUUGCUUCGGCCAUAAUUCAGCAAAUCGAUUUAAAAAGCAGCCCCGACACGUCGCUACUUCCCGCCCAUAUCGUAGCAUUUGGCCAGGCGCUCCUGAAAAUCAAAAGAACCCCAGGAGAACAAGAAACUUUCUCAAAUUCAUUUUCAAAAUGGCGCCACCUCACUGCCGCUCUCUUGUCACCUCUUUCCUCUCGCACCGACAACUCAGAAUGAGAUUCAAUUCUAUGCCCUAGCCUCAUACGUAAUAUGGAACUUCUCAACGGCAUCCUUCGGCCAUUCAUAAGAUCAGGCAAGGAGGCACAACUUGCCCAAUCUGAAAACUUGGCUUCUAUAAUUUUUGAAGGUGCUCAUUUCGGAUAUCUGCUGUUCUCACAACCAACAAUUUGGGUUUUUAGAUGGGAUCGGAAGAACUUGAGCCAUGGGGCAGGAGUGAUCGAAGGUCCGGGAGCGAGACCGGAACUGGCGUGGAGAAAAGUUUCUUGUUGUAUUUCCAAGCAUCGGGAAGCUCAUAGUAAGAGAUGGCAGCGAUCGUUUGAGAGUACUUGUGGAUGCUAUGGUAGAGUGGAUCUAACUCGUACGGUCAUGUCAUUUUUGUGUAUUUGUUAUUUUUAGAAGCACCAGAUUCUUU